CGGAAUUUUCUUCUAGCCUUUGUUUUUUUUUUCUCUUGGAUAUCUGGCCUGAUCGGGAAUCUCGCAUUGUGUCUACUCAAAAUUCCAAAUGGGCAAGAAGUCUAAGUCACAAAAGGAGGCGCCUGCGACAGAGAGCGCAGGCUCGCUGCCUUUCUUGGGCGGAAAUGUCUCCGUGGAUCCUUCAUUGGCUUCACUGUUUGAACAAAGUGCCGGACCAGUAAAGGUUCCAGAAGUACCUCGUCUGGGCGCUGCUCCGAAGACGAAGAUAACUGAUGUUGAGAAGGAUGAGGAGGAAUCAUCAAGCGCGGGAAAUGAUUCUGCCUCCGAAGAUCAGUUCAUGGAGGAUGCGCCGGAGUCGCCUGAUGCUGCUGAAGAGGCCGUCCAAGCUGUCCCGGAGCCGCCAAGUCGGAAACGAAAGCGAGCUGCUGGGGAAGAUCUUGAAGAGUCGUACAUGCGUCGACUAGCAAAGGAGGAGCAGAAGGAACAGAAGAAGCGUCGAGCAGAACGGUCAAGCUCACUGGAAGAGGAGAGCGAGGACGGUGAAAAAGAGAGCCCACAAUCCGAAGACGGCGAGUCGGAGGAUGAAGGUGCGGAUAUUCCCAAACACGAAGCUCUAGCUGGUGCUGCCAACGAUGAUGAUGAGCUCUCCAAGUCGAAUCGAACCGUAUUUUUGGGCAACGUGUCUACAAAGGCAAUCACGUCGAAGUCGGCUAAGAAAGAGUUGAUGAAGCAUCUUUCGUCAUUCCUCUCGACACUUCCUGAGUCUACGGGUCCCCACAAGAUAGAUUCGAUACGUUUCCGGUCUACUGCAUUUGCCAGCGGCGGCAAGAUACCCAAGCGCGCUGCAUUCGCCAAGCAGGAAAUUCAUGAUGAUACUACGCCCAGCACCAAUGCAUACGCUGUCUAUAGCACCGCUCAAGCUGCGAAGAAAGCUCCCGCGGCACUUAAUGGCACCGUUGUCUUAGAUCGACACCUGCGCGUCGAUAACGUGGCGCAUCCCGCCAAGGUCGACCAUAAGCGCUGCGUAUUCGUCGGUAAUCUCGACUUCAUCGACAACGAAACCGGCACCGAAGAAGGCGAGAAAAAGAAGAAAAACCGACCUCCGGCUGACGUGGAGGAGGGUCUCUGGCGUACUUUCAAUGCUCACACCAAAGCGUCACAAAGUGGUCCUGCCGGCCGAGGCAAUGUUGAGUCUGUGCGGGUAGUCCGUGACCGAUCCACUCGUGUUGGAAAAGGAUUCGCAUAUGUUCAAUUUUAUGACCAGAACUGUGUCGAGGAGGCUCUCCUGCUUAACGACAAGAGGUUUCCCCCAUUGUUACCACGAAAGCUUCGCGUUGUCAGAGCGAAGAAGGUAGCCAAGAAGUCUGUUGAGACCACAGGUGCACCUAAGGGGUCGGACCGGACACUACAAGGCCGUGCUGGGAAGUUACUUGGAAGGUCAAGUGAGGCUCGGUUGAAGGCGGCGGCCAAGAAGUCGAUUUCCCAGAGCUCCCUAGUAUUUGAGGGCAACCGCGCAACAGCAGAUGGGUCAUCCCGCAUUCGAGUGCGGACGAAGAGUCGCGGCUCCAAGGCCAAAAAGGAUAGUCGAAGCAAGAAGCGUGCUGCGGCCUAUAAAGCUGCUGGGGGCAAAAAGGCGAAAAUUGGCAAGUAG